GCCCACAGCAAAACAAACCAUCUCGUUUCGUUUCUGUCCGCUCAAAAUCUACCAUUUCCAAUUCGUCUCUCUCGCCGACUUCCAGUCCUUCCUACCUUACUGGAUCUUGUUGUGCAAUUCCAUUCAUGGCUACUCAAGGUCAGGUCAUCACCUGCAAAGCUGCGGUUGCGUGGGAGCCGAACAAGCCACUGGUGAUUGAGGACGUGCAGGUGGCUCCACCACAGGCUGGGGAGGUCCGCGUUAAGAUUUUGUUUACUGCUCUUUGCCACACUGAUGCUUACACUUGGAGUGGCAAGGACCCGGAGGGCCUCUUCCCGUGCAUUCUUGGCCAUGAGGCUGCUGGCAUUGUGGAGAGUGUUGGCGAAGGUGUAACUGAGGUUCAGCCCGGUGAUCAUGUCAUCCCGUGUUACCAGGCAGAGUGCCGAGAAUGCAAGUUUUGCAAAUCGGGGAAGACAAAUCUUUGUGGAAAAGUUCGAGCAGCAACUGGAGUUGGUGUUAUGAUGAAUGAUCGAAAGAGCCGUUUCUCCGUAAAUGGAAAGCCAAUUUAUCAUUUCAUGGGAACCUCAACUUUUAGCCAGUAUACAGUUGUACAUGAUGUUAGUGUUGCAAAGAUUGAUCCUCAAGCUCCUUUAGACAAAGUAUGCCUUCUGGGUUGCGGUGUUCCUACUGGUCUUGGAGCGGUAUGGAACACAGCGAAAGUAGAAUCAGGCUCUAUUGUUGCUGUUUUUGGCCUUGGUACUGUUGGCCUUGCUGUGGCUGAGGGUGCAAAGGCUGCUGGUGCUUCGAGAAUUAUUGGCAUUGAUAUUGACAGUAAAAAGUUUGAUACAGCAAAGAAUUUUGGAGUUACUGAAUUUGUGAAUCCAAAGGACCAUGACAAGCCAAUCCAACAGGUUAUUGUUGAUCUUACGGAUGGUGGUGUUGACUAUAGUUUUGAGUGUAUUGGAAAUGUCUCUGUGAUGAGGGCUGCUUUGGAGUGUUGCCACAAGGGCUGGGGAACCUCGGUUAUUGUGGGUGUUGCUGCAUCAGGUCAGGAGAUAUCCACUCGUCCCUUCCAGUUGGUGACUGGCCGUGUUUGGAAAGGAACAGCUUUUGGUGGUUUCAAGAGCCGUUCACAAGUUCCUUGGCUGGUAGAUAAGUACAUGAAGAAGGAAAUUAAGGUUGAUGAGUACAUAACCCACAACCUGACUCUCUUGGAUAUCAACAAGGCAUUUGAUUUGAUGCACGAAGGGGGUUGCCUCAGGUGUGUGCUUAAGACACAAGACUAGACCGGAUGAUCUACAGGGCUCUGCAUAUGUUUCUUUCAAGCCAAACUUAUUAAUUUGUUUUGUCUUGUCCUUAAAAUGGAAAGAGAGAUCCUGAUGCAUUGUCUAUAUAUGAGGAAAUGGGCUGUGUGAUCAAAACUCCUUUUGAAAAGUCUCUUAUGUCUGAUUUUGAAGUCCUCUUAUUGUGAGUUGUGCAACCAACGUGUGAAUACAAUAAUACCUUUUGCAUAUUAACUCGUUUUGAGUAAUGUGUUGUGCCUCUAUGUAA